AACCUGCAAGAGGUCGGAGCGGAAGCCCAACCUCUCCGCCUACUCGUCAAAAUCUCAACGACGACUCGGGUCGCCGGCCUCGUGGCCUUCUUAGUUUUCCGCCCACCGGCACCAACCCGAGGCCGGGUUUAGCUGCAAUUAUCGCUUGGGCACCACUAAUGGCCACGUAAUCCACUCUCCAUUCGCCAGGAAACCAUAAAAACCUCCAAGUGUCAGCUUGCUCCUCGCUGGCUUGGCUGGCGGAGGGUGAGUGGCCAAUACGCGCCGCGGACACGCCCCCCGGCCCGGCCCCGUCCCGCGCCGCCCGCUCUCGGUUCCUGCGCCCGCACGUUUCAGUCAGUUCGUUCGACCAAGCCAGCCCCGAGGACGAGCGGUAAUCAUUUGUAGCUCUCGUUUUCGUGCCCCUCCCCCUUCCCCUUCUCGGCACUCCCCGAAUUGCUUCGAGCCGGAGGCAGAUCUACGGCGGCGAGCGAGGAUGGCGGUGAACUGGGAGCUGCAGGGCUGCUGCGACCGCGACCAGAGGAUCUUCAUCGCCGCCGUCGGCGUCUCCACCGUCGUUAUCCUCCUCCUGUGGAGGACGUUCCUGCUCACGCCAUUCAAGCUCAUCACCGUCUUCCUCCACGAGACCAGCCACGCCCUCGCCUGCAAGCUCACCUGCGGCGAUGUCGAAGGCAUGCAGGUCCAUGCUAAUGAGGGUGGUGUUACUCAAACUCGGGGUGGGAUAUAUUGGAUAAUCUUGCCCGCUGGAUAUCUGGGUUCAUCAUUUUGGGGAAUGAUCUUCAUACUUGCAUCCACAAAUCUCCUCACUACGAGAAUUGCAGCGGGUUGUUUCAUACUUGCAUUGAUUAUUGUUCUUUUUGUUGCAAAAAAUUGGUUUCUUCGCUGGCUCUGCAUUGGAUUCAUUGUGUUCAUUGCUGUUGUUUGGGUCAUACAAGAAUUUACAACUUUCCAUGUUCUGAAGUAUGUGAUUUUGUUCAUAGGUGUAAUGAAUAGCUUAUUUUCCGUUUAUGAUAUUUAUGAUGACACUAUAUCCCGAAGAGUUAAUUCAAGUGAUGCUGAGAAAUUUGCUGAAAUCUGCCCUUGUCCUUGCAAUGGUUGUGCAUGGGGUGUUAUAUGGGGCUUCAUCUCGUUUAUCUUUCUCUGUGCGUCAAUAUAUCUUGGACUGGUUAUUUUGUCUUGAGGAUUCGAGCCUCGCGCAUACCAUUUUGAUCCAACAACCAACUCUGGUGGGUUAUUUCUGAGUUUUCAUUGCUCCAGAUAUUGGUUCAAGCUUAUAUUCUGGUGGGUUGUACAGAAUUCAUAGAGGUCAAACUUGUUUGUCCAAAUUCGGUUGGGACUAUUCAUGCGAUUCUUCCAUUCUAGUGAUUCUAAAGAUACCAUUUUGCUUACCAUUUGUAUUUAUGGUUGAUAGCUUUAUUGUAGGUACUAGUAUUAUAUCUUCUUGACAUAUUGCUCAUUUAACCAAUUCAAAACCUAUUCAGCAAUGCAAUCUUGUGCAUUGUAUCUCGCACUC